AUAGUAUUGUAUAGCUGAUAUUUUAAAAAUUUUACACUGAUUGUUCUAUGUUCACCAGUAGUAUUGUAUACAUUUUUUAACAUUAUAAUAUUUUUAAUAUUAUUUUUAAAAUAUGUAUGGAAGAAAAGGCUUUAAGCUUAUAUCAGAAUUAGAUUUAUAUUCUGAUAUAUUGCCAUUUAAUGAAGCAUUAAUUAAAGAAAUUUUGCAAGAAAUGCAAUCCCUCUAUGAUGCAAAUGUGGCAAAUAGCAAUGCCAUUAGGAAUGAUAAUAAUAUGGCAUUAUUACCAUCUGUACAGUUGAGACAUAUAGCAUUAAAAAGGAACAAAAGAUGUAUCUUAGCAUACAUAUAUAACAGAAUGAGGAAACUAAAAGAAUUACGAUGGGAAUUAGGAAGCAUUCUACCACCAGAAAUAAAUACCAAUCUAAUAAAUGCUGAGGUUCAGUGGUUUCAGUCAUACAAUAAAUCUUUAGCUAAAUACAUGAGAUCCUUGGGAGAAGAUCAUGGGUUUAAUCUAACAACGAACAUGGUGCCUCCAAAAACUCUUUAUGUAGAGGUGAAAUGUGUAGAGGAUUUUGGAAAAUUGGAACUGGAUGAUGGUCAAGUUAUUUUAUUGAAAAAAAAUACAUAUCAUUUAUUACCAAGAUCUGUAUGUGAACCUCUGAUACGACAAGGAAUUCUUGAACAUAAGAGUACAUGAUAUUUUUAUAUUUUGCGAAAAUAAAAAUUAUAUAGUCAUA